AUGGAGGUGGCCGACAGCCUGCUUGGGAAUGGCAGCGACGUCCCCCCGCCCUGUGAGCUGGGGCUCGAGAACGAGACCCUGGUCUGCCUGGAGCAGCCCCGCGCCGCCAAAGAGUGGCAGCCGGCUGUGCAGAUCCUCCUGUAUUCCCUGAUUUUCCUGCUCAGCGUGCUGGGGAACACGCUGGUCAUCACGGUGCUCAUUCGGAACAAGAGGAUGCGCACCGUCACCAACAUCUUCCUGCUGUCCCUGGCCGUCAGCGACCUCAUGCUGUGCCUCUUCUGCAUGCCCUUCAACCUCAUCCCCAACCUGCUCAAGGAUUUCAUCUUCGGGAGCGCCGUCUGCAAGACCACCACCUACUUCAUGGGCACGUCGGUGAGCGUAUCCACCUUUAACCUGGUAGCCAUAUCUCUGGAAAGAUACGGUGCGAUUUGCAAACCCUUACAGUCCCGGGUCUGGCAGACGAAAUCCCACGCUUUGAAGGUGAUCGCCACCACCUGGUGCCUGUCCUUUACCAUCAUGACUCCCUACCCCAUCUACAGCAACCUGGUGCCUUUUACCAAAACUAACAACCAGACGGCGAACAUGUGCCGCUUUCUACUGCCAAACGAUGUGAUGCAGCAGUCCUGGCACACGUUCCUGUUACUCAUCCUCUUUCUUAUUCCUGGAAUUGUGAUGAUGGUGGCAUACGGAUUGAUCUCUUUGGAACUUUACCAAGGAAUAAAAUUUGAUGCUAUCCAGAAGAAGUCUGCUAGGGACAGGAACCCGAGCACCAGCAGCAGCGGCAGGUAUGAGGACGGCGACGGCUGUUACCUGCAGAAGGCCAGGCCCCGCCGGAGGCUGGAGCUCCGGCAGCUGUCCACCCCCGGCAGCGGCAGGCUCAACCGCAUCAGGAGCACCAGCUCUACGGCCAACCUGAUGGCCAAGAAGCGGGUGAUCCGCAUGCUCAUGGUCAUCGUGGUCCUCUUCUUCCUGUGCUGGAUGCCCAUCUUCAGCGCCAACGCCUGGCGGGCCUAUGACACGGCCUCUGCUGAGCGCCGCCUCUCGGGGACCCCCAUUUCCUUCAUCCUCCUGCUGUCCUAUACCUCCUCCUGCGUCAACCCCAUCAUCUACUGCUUCAUGAACAAGCGCUUCCGCCUCGGCUUCCUGGCCACCUUCCCCUGCUGCCCCCACCCCGGUCCCCCAGGGCCGAGAGGCGAGGCGGGAGAGGAGGAGGAAGGCAGGACCACGGGGGCCUCUGUGUCCAGGUACUCCUACAGCCACAUGAGCGCCUCGGCCCCGGGCCCCUGA